AUUUUAGGCACCCAAAGCAAACCCUAACCCGCUUUGCCUCUGCGCCUGUCGUCAUCGCUGUUUCUCUCUCCCCCACUCUCUCUCUAACCUAUUUCCUCCUCAUCUCCUAUUUCUACCUUCAUUCCUUUGGUAAUUUGUGCAAAUUAUUUCUGAAAAUUUCAAGACAUGGAGGUGAGCGGUUUGAGCUAUGAAGUGUCUGACCUGAAAGGAACUGUUGUGAGGUCUGUAUUGGAAGCAAUGGUGGCUGAGGCUCUACUGGUUUCUCAAAGAUCUGUUGCUUUUAUGCUCAGUGUGAUUGAAAGCUUUCUGAAGAUCAACGGCAUAUUCCCUGAUCUUGCUGGUGUUGAACAAAGGUUUCCCUUCGAGGAGCUUCACAAGAUGAACAAAACUGAGGUAGAAAAUCAAGAUGGUAGUGAUGAUGAUGAUGAAGAUGAUGACGAUGAUGAUGUUGCUGAUGAUGAUGAUGAUGUGGAUAAUGAAGAACCGGAUCAGGCCCAUGGUGAUGAUGAUGAGAGUGAGGAUGAUCCUGAUGCGGGAGGUGGUGACCAAGACAAUGACGAAGAUGAAGAUGAAGAUGAAGAUGAUGAUGAUGAUGAUGAUGGUGAUGAAGAUGAGCCUGAUGAAGAUGACGAUGAGGAUGAUGAUGAAGAAGAGGAGGAAGAAGAGCCACCUGCCAAGAAGAGAAAGUGAAGAUGUAUUUGAUUGAUGUUUAUUCUGCCUCGAAAUGGUUGGGAUUCUGUGAGUAACCAGAACUGAACUAGCUUUAUAUAAUUAUUAUUAUUAUAUAUGGCUCUUUGUAGCCUUUAGGUAUUUGACUGUCCUUAUAGACAUUUAAGCGUUUGUUAUGUGAAGGAUUGCUGGGGCACAUGCUAGAUAUCCCUUUCUAUUCGUUCACUUUGCCCAUAUUUCAAUUGGACCAAUUUCUUUAAUACAAUCUUGAUACAUAACAUUUGACCUAGUUUUGUUAAAUAAAAUGGAAAUAAUACUCGUAGUAAAAUAAUUUCACAAAAUGGAAACAUUUACG